GGCGAGGAUGAUUUGGGGCAAGACAUGGGUGGAGACUCAGUACAAAAUGAAGAAAUGGAUCAGGGGGAUGAUGAGGACUGGCAUGACAAUGGAGAUGACUCUGGAGGAGAUGAUGAAGAUGAUGAUUUUCAGCAUGGUGAUGGGGAGGAAGGAAAUGAACCAGAUGAUAAUUACCAGGGAUUCAGCCUUGAAGAUGGAAAUCUUCCAAUUUAUCCAGAUGCACCCAUCACCAAGUCACAGAGUCUACUGCUGAUAGUGUCCUAUGUCUUGCGGCAUGGUCUUUCUGAUAGUGCUUUGGAUGAUCUUCUUUCUUCGAUGAAUAUACACUGUCCAAACAGUGUUCCUACAUCAAAGUAUUUGCUGUACAAGAGUGUUGAAGAUUCAAUGUACGAGGUUCACUAUUAUUGCAUGGCGUGCACUGCAUAUCUUGGCCCCGAGAAAUUGACAAGGAAUUGUACAAACUGCGGCAAUGAAUUCAGUGCAGACAUCUCAACUGCAGAGGGUAGUUUUUUUCUCAGGAUGCCCGUCAAAACACAGCUGCAAAGAAUGAUGAAAGUACCAGAAGUGGCAGCUGCCCUUGAAAAUCGAAAUAUUGAUGAAAUCUUGAGAGAAACUAACAUAAAUGACAUUGUUCAUGGUAAACUUUAUAAAAACCUUCUUCAUGAUGGCAUAAUAGGUCCCAGUGACUUGUCAUUAUUGUUCAAUACUGAUGGAGUUUCUAUUUUUAAAUCCUCCAAUUUUUCUGUUUGGCCUUUGUUUGCCACAGUAAAUGAAAUUCCACCACAUAUGCACAGGAAACAUAUGAUUAUGGCAGGCUUGUGGUUUGGAGAAUGUAAACCCAAAAUGAAUACUUUCUUAAAACCAUUUGUGGAUGAACUUAGAGAUUUGGGUGCAGAUGGUUUGCACUCACCUCUUGGCCAAACCAGGAUUUUUGCUCUUUGCCUGUCAGCGGAUGCACCUGCCAGGGCUUUAGUGAGGAAUUCCAAACAGUUCAAUGGGAAGUAUGGAUGCGACUGGUGUAAGCAGGAAGGCACACCAAUACCAAAUGGAAAUUUGUCCUCCCAUUCGUACUUACCCAUAAAAUGGUGAAGCACUCCCAAGAACUGACGAUGAUCAGCGGAGAUUGUCAAUAGAGUCACAGAGAACAGGGAUGUGUCAGCAAGGUGUGAAGGGGCCUUCAGUUGUCAUGCAGUUACCACAUUAUGACUCUGUGAAAGGCAUUUGUUCUGAAUCACAACACACAGCUUUCUUAGGAGUUACUAGACAUUUUGUGGGGACUUGGCUGGAUUCAGCAAACAGAGCAGAGGCAUAUUACAUUGGGGACCAAGUGAAGAAAUUAGAUGAGAGACUGCAGGAUAUAGCACCUCCAAGUGAAAUAACCAGAUGCCCCAGGUCUCUCAAAACGCGGAAGUAUUGGAAGGCAUCUGAAUGGCGAGCUCUCCUGUUCUAUUCUUUGGUGGUAUUUCAGGGAAUUUUACCUGCUGUGUAUAUGAAACACUGGUUCCUAUUUGUAUUUGGUAUUUAUUACCUCAUGAGUGAGAGUGUUUCUGAAAGAAAGGUUCGUGAGAGCAAUGCUUGCCUCAGGAUGUUUGUUCUGAUGACUGAGCGUUUAGAUGGAAUAAGACAUUGCACUUUCAAUGUCCACUCAUUGAUUCAUUUUGCCCAGUCACUUAUCAACACUGGCCCUUUAUGGGCAACUUCCACCUUUGUUUUUGAGGGAUACAACAGGACUUUGAUUAGGUGUUUCCACGGUACCCAGAAAGUUGGUUUUCAGAUUUGUGAGACAUUC